UUUCAGAAUGAAGUGGGCCCUUAUUGCCCCUCUGCUUCUUUUCAAGAUUGGCACAGUGAUAAGUGUCUGCGAAGGAAUGGAUAGCAAAGAUCCUCUUGUCAAAAAAUUGGCCGAUGAAGGAUGUAACUCUCAUUGUAAGGCAAAGAAGAUGGGCAGCGGCUCUUGCAAGAAAAUGGGCGUGCAUAAGGCGUGCAUGUGUAUAUCUUCGGCUCCUUUGUACUUGGAUUAAUCCAGCUAUCUCAUUGCUCUGUGCCAUCGUAAUUUCUGCUUUGAGAAACAUAAUAAACGAGAAUUUGACAAGUG